CCAAAGAAAGACGACUUAACGCCAGUUGACGCCAGUGAAGGAAACGGCAUAAGGGAGGACGGGCAGCUGAAUAACGUGGCAGGCACUCCUGAUCCCAGCCAGCAGCAGCGUGAGGGAGAGACGCAGAGUGACCCGGCGGUAACGCAAACAACGCCAGAAGCAGCGGCUUCAUUGACAGUCUCGAAAAAUGAUCUCUCACAGUCCCAGGCGCAGGAGCCCCGAGGUGAGCCGGACGCCAGCUCGCAACUGAAGGGCGGAGAAACAGCAACUCUACCGGAUGCCCCAACUAAUACAACAGAUGGAGGAGAGCUGAAGACAACGCAAAUCUCUUCACUUGCAAGCCGCGAAGGUGAUGCCGGCGGUCAGGACGGAAAAGCCACAGUGCAGAAAACCAAAGGCGCCACGGAUUCCGAUGCUGCGGUGAACCCAGACAGCCAACAGGGGGUUGCUGCCGCAAGUGCAGCGGCGGGCACUGCAAAUGAACCAGCAGCAACAGAGUCCACCGCCACUGAGGCAAGGAACGCCGCGACUAAGACUGACGGUGACAGCGGCAGCAGCCCCGCGGUGCAGCCGCAGCCGGGGAGUUCCGUGGCGGCAAACGAAGCUGGCGACGCAGAACAAAAGGGGCAGCCCGCAGUGCCCACACUCAAGCCGGAAACAGAAACGAGUGGCGACGGCGAAAGGCAGGCCACUCAGCGGGCAGCGGGGGCGGCUGCUCAAGCGGCGACCACCACCAACUCGACGAAUGCAACGAAGGCGGUGCCUGGCGACAGCGACGGCAGCAGCAGCGCCGCGGCCUCGCACUCCACCUCCCCCCUUGCGCUGCUUCUUCUGCUUGCGAGUGCGGCUGCCGCUGCGAUGCUGGCCGCGUGA